AUGGUGGAAACGAUGGAAAACGGUGGAGGGGAAGCGGAUUGUGACGGGGGAUGGUAUGAGACUCCACUCCCAUCACCUCCCGUUCCUUCACUCGAUCAUUCACUCGAUCGAUAUCUCGAGUAUGCAGCUGUAGUUGCAGCGGGUACUGGCGCAAGUAUGGCACCAACAAAUCAAGCAGUUAACAAAUUUCGAUCUAACGGUCAGCCAUAUCAAAACGCGGUGAUCGAGUUGGGAAAGAAAAACAUCAAUUGGAUAACCCCAAUUUGGCUCUCGGAGAUGUACCUAAAGAUUCGAGCUCCACUCCCCAUCAACACAAAUCCUGCUUAUAUCUUUCCAAAGCAACAAUUCGAUGGCCUAGAUGAUCAGCUAAAGUACUCAGCUUUAUUGACUCGUGGCAUCAUGGAUUUUCGAGAAUUGAUAUUAAAAAAAGAAAUCGAUCGUGAGCUUUCAACAGGUCGGGAAAAGAUUCGAAUGUGUAUGGAGCAAUAUGAUCGAGUGCUUUCAUCGUAUCGAAUGCCUGUGAGAGGAGAAGAUCAACAGAUCCGCAAGACCUCGAGUAACAACGAGCAUAUUCUUGUGAUGUGCAACAAUCAGACCUUCACCAUUCCAGUCCGGCAAAAGGGAGAACUCCUAUCGACAGCCUCCAUUGUCAAGCUAUUCAAUCAGGUGGUCACUAGAGCCAGCCAUCGGCCACCGCAAAUCGUCGUCCCUAUGGGCGCUUCAACAGCCGGCGAUCGCGAUAUUGGAGGGGAAUUCUGGGAGAAAAUGUUGCCACAAAACGAGAAAUCGUUGUCCGCCGUUCAGCAAGCUCUCUUCGUAGUCUGUCUCGACAUUGACCAUAAAAAUGGACUCAUGGGAGACUCAAAAGAAGAUGAAUUGAUUGCUCGGGGCUAUCAUCUUUUGCAUGGGUUUGGUUCUCAAAAUUUCGGUUUAAAUCGUUGGUUUGAUGCCACGAUACAGGUGGUAGUGUCGUCAAAAGGUUGGAAUGGUCUUUGCAUUGAACACUCGGUCGCUGAGGGGAUCGUUAUCGUCAAAAUGGUCGAACACGCGUUGAGCUUUGCGAAAGAGAAUAUUGGAAAGAAAUUGAUUAGUCCAGAAAACGGGGCGCCACUGAGCGCAACGACACUCUCGUGGUCGAUCGGGAAUGAGGAAAGGGAGCUUCUCGAGAAACAAGUGCAGAUAUUCGAUCGUUUAUCAUCCAAUAUCGAUCUCGAGGUGUUGAUCUUUGAGGAUUUCGGGCGAGAGUUCGCUAAAUCGAAAGGAGUCUCACCGGAUGGAUUCGCUCAAUUGGCUAUGCAAUUAGCGCAUUAUAAACUUCACGGGCACCUCGUUUCAACCUAUGAAUCGGCUACGCAUCGACGCUUCGCUUCCGGCAGGGUAGACAACAUUCGAGCGAAUACACCCGAAGCAUUAGCCUGGGUGACAUCGAUGGGGAAUCCGAGGAGUGAUAAGCCUCAAAGAUUGUCCCUUUUCCGGAGAGCAGCAGAAAAACAAGCGAAAGUGACCGUUGAGAAUGUCACUGGUUACGGGAUUGACAAUCAUUUGUGCGCUCUGUGGGUUCAAGCGCGGGAGCAGAACCAAAACGGGGAUCUCCCAGAGAUUUUCAAAGAUCCGAUGUGGGACGAAUUGAUGAGAUUCCCAUUGAGCACGAGUCAGGUGACCACAUCAACGAAAUUACCCCGUCAUGAUUGUUAUCUUUGCUAUGGAGCGGUGGUGAAUGAUGGCUAUGGAUGUGCAUACAAUAUUCAGCCCGAUCAUUUCAUCUUCUCGCCAGCCGCUUUUCGAAGUUCCUCUAAAACCGAUGUGCACAAAUUCAAGGCGAGUCUCGUUUCAGCGCUGCGUGAGAUGGCAGAGUUGUUAGAA